AUGGACGACGCCGAGAAAUCCACGUCGGCGGCCGCGGCCGAUCCGCCCACUCAGGAGGCAUCGAUCUCCAACUGGCCCUCCACCUUGCACCCAACGAUCGAGUCCCUCUUGUCAAGCCCAGCCGAGCUCCCCCAAGACUCCGCCAGCCUCGCUGACCGUGGUGUAUUCUGCGUCCCAGGCUCGGAUCAGUACCAGGAUCUCUUUCUGCUGCGCGCUCCCAGCAGCAACGUCGUCGAGACCAUACGCGACCUCUUGGAGAAUUUCAGGUCCGACGAUUGCGAUCGCCCCGGCAGGUUCGCAUUCUACAACGUCUCGCCUGCCGACUUCAAGAAAUUCUACGAGGAGGAGCCCAGGGUUCGGAAGUGCAAAUUGACCUACCUCGCGUCAGAGCUUGGCGGGCUCCUCUCCUUCAAGAUGCCAAGCGUCAAACACAAUACGCCGGCCGAUGUGAUGCUCCACGACCUGGUCGAGCAGGCUCGGGGCAUGCAUCGCUACGAGAUGGUCCUGAGAAUCGGCAACGCCGACUUGAAGCUGAAGGAUAGCACCUCGAUCAAGCAACCGGACGAAGGCAUCAUCAGCAUUGGCCGCCCAGAUGGAAUCACCAAGCCAACUGUUGUCGUCGAGGUUGGCAACUCCCAGUCCAAGGCCAGCCUCAUCCGGGACAAGAACACGCACUUCCAAAAGAACGAUGACCCAAACCUUGUUAUCCUGAUCAAGGUCUCUCCCAACCGACACCGCAAGAUGGAAGUUGAGCUCUGGCGUCGAGGAGAUGACGAGGCAAGCAGCAGCGUCACCGUCUCGCUGGCCGAACCCCUCAGCGAUGUGACCAAGGUGCAUUGCCGCACCGCAUGGAAUGUCACCGGAGCGCCGAUGAUUAUCCGGUUUGAAGAUGUGAUGGCCUAUGGCAAAGAAGACGAGUACGAUACCGACUUCAUUUUCUCGGAGGACUGCUUCAUCGAGAUGGCCGGUCAUGCAGUUCUGGUGUGCCCCAAGACGCCUCGACAAGUCCUCCAACAGUACUCGGAACACCUUUCCAAGCUUCGGGCUCAGAAGAUCGAACAGGAGGAGAAGGAGGCUCGCCAGAAGGAACAGAUUCGCCAGGAUAAUGAUGUUCUCCAGGUGCAGGUACGUCUGCUGGUUGAAGAGCUAGGUCGGAAGGACGAGCAGAUUCGUCAGAUGCGCGAGGAGAAGGACGAGCAGAUUCGUCAGAUGCGCGAGGAGAAGGACGAGCAGGACGAGCAGGUUCGUCAGAUGCGCGAGGAGAUGCGUCAGAUGCGCGAGGAGAUGCGUCAGAUGCGCGAGGAGAAGGACGAGCAGGACGAGCAGAUUCGUCAGAUGCGCGAGCAGAUGCGUCAGUAG